AUGGACAUUCCAGGAUAUCAUACUGUAUGGGAAGUUACACCAGCACUUCAUUCUCCUCUGAUGUCAGUAACAAAUGCGAUCUCGGGAACAACCGCUGCGGGAGCUCUUUGCCUUAUGGGAGGUGGUCUUUGGCCAACAAACUCUGCACAGGCUCUUGCACUAGGAGCUGCUUUCAUCUCUUCAAUCAAUAUUGGUGGAGGAUUUCUGAUCACAAAGCGCAUGCUGGAUAUGUUCAAACGAGCAGGAGAUCCACCAGAGUACAACUACAUGUACGCUGUACCAGCUGCAUUAUUCCUUGGAGGCUAUUACUACGGUUUACACACGGUAAGCGCAUAUUGCUAA